CAUCUCCUUCGUCUUUCUUGCAAACUGAACAGAGAGAGGAGAGCGCCGCUUGCCCUCUUCACUCCGAGAGUCCCUGUCGCCAUCACCACUCCCGCUCCCCGCUUCCCGUCGCCAUCGCCAGUCCCCAUAGCCGCUCCCCGCUCGUCUAUCUGGCUAGGUCGUCGUUGAUUUGGCCAGCGAACCCCCGACGAACCCAGGUCAACCUCUCUACGCCAAGCAAACUCCCGGCGAACCCCGCUUCCCUGCUCCGACCGGCGUCUGUACUCCCGGCGCCUGCUCCUGCUCCGGCUGGCGCCACCUCCUCCCACUGCCCUGCUCGGCCACUGGACAAUUCCCAUCUCCCAUUGCCCUGCUCGACGCAACAUAGCUAGCAACUAGGGCGAUGAAAUUGGACGUGGAGGUUUUGAGAUACCUCUCGAAGGAUGAUUUCAGAGUUCUUACUGCUGUAGAGAUGGGCAUGAGGAACCAUGAGAUUGUCCCUGCAGAAUUGAUUUCUCGAAUAGCUUCUCUUAAGCAUGGGGGCACUUAUAAAGUAUUGAAGAACUUGCUCAAGCAUAAAUUAGUGCACCAUGACUCCUCUAAAUAUGAUGGGUUCCGGCUUACCUAUCUUGGAUAUGAUUUCCUUGCAAUUAGAACUUUGGUCAAUCGAGGAGUCAUUGUGUCUGUUGGCCGUCAAAUUGGGGUUGGAAAAGAGUCUGAUAUAUUUGAAGUGGCUACAGAGGAUGGUACAGUUUUGGCUAUGAAGUUGCACAGACUUGGUAGAACUUCUUUUAGGGCUGUGAAAUCUAAGCGUGAUUACCUGAGACACAGAAGUAGUUUUAGCUGGCUCUAUUUGUCUCGACUCGCUGCACUCAAGGAGUUUGCUUUUAUGAAGGCUCUGGAAGAUCAUGGUUUUCCUGUUCCUAAAGCUGUGGAUUGUAAUAGACACUGUGUGAUUAUGUCCCUUGUUCAAGGUUAUUCACUUGUGCAAGUGAGGCAAUUGCAAAAUCCAGAAGUUGUCUUUGAAACAGUUCUUGGUCUUAUCGUUCGUUUGGCAGAACACGGGCUCAUUCAUUGUGACUUCAAUGAAUUUAAUAUUAUGAUUGAUGACGAUGAGAAGGUGACCAUGAUUGAUUUUCCUCAGAUGGUAUCCGUGUCUCAUCGGAACGCCCAAAUGUUCUUCGACCGUGAUGUUGGAUGCAUCUAUAAGUUCUUUGCCAAGAGGUACAACCUCUCUUUUCAGGACGAUGCAGAUGAUAACAAUUCUGCACAGGCAGAAACUGAUGAAGCUGGCAGACCUUCGUUUUCCUCGAUUUCUAAGUCUUCUGGUUUUCUCGAUAAGGAACUUGCUGCUAGUGGAUUCACACGGAAGGAUCAAGAUGAUAUGGAGAAGGUAUGGUUCAUUGAAGGAGAUGCUGACAGCGAGGAAGAUGAGGGUGAAGAGCAUGUUUCAGAGACGAAUGAAACCAACAUCACAAACUUAGAUUCUCUGCAGAUAGAAGAUCAGGAAGAGCAAACAAAUGAAGAGGAGGUAAAAGUUGUUGCGAAUCAAUUGAGUGAAAAGGCACAAAGCGAUGGCCUUGUAGCAAAAGAUGAUGAUUAUGAGGAAGACGAAGACGAAGACGAAGACGACGAGAAUGCAACAGAGAGUGAUGCAGAGCUGACCAAGAGGCUGAACAAGCACAAGAAGCGAGCAAUAGCAGCAGCCCGUGGGAGGCAAAGUCGAAUCUCCUCCAGAAAUUUAUACAAAGACAAGGGCGGUAGAUCCUCUCAGAGCUCCAAAGUUCAGAAGAACUUUGGUGGCUGGUAAAACCAAAGGCAUAGAAUCCAUUUGGAGGGUUAUACAUGCGGUUGUGUGGUUGGUUCUUUAGCCGCCUUGUGUCUGAAAGUUUUGAUAUAUAUGUGAGACCAAAUUAGAAGAGAGCUUGUACAUGAGCCUUAUUGAUAUGUAAUCAAUCAAUCAGGCUUUCAUUGGUGAUCAUGUAUUACAAUGAGUUGGUGCGGUUGUGCUUUUCGUCGAGGUUUAUGAAAUCUUUCCUGGCAUCGAACUGAUCAGGUUAUUAGCGAGAUGUCAAGGUUUAAUGCUCCUUGAACAGGAAAUGAAUUGAACUACCACGAGCUCCAAUCUAAUUUCUACCUACUCAACUCAUGGCACAGUAACAUAUGAG